AUGACAGCACCCCAGCUAUACCAGGAACUCAUCAUCACCAAAACCAAUGCUGAGAAGGUAUUCAGAGGUUUAGCAAUCACACCGAGAGAAGGAAGGGUAAUUAGAAUCAGGCAAGACGAAGGGACUAGAUCAUUAUUUGAGAGAUGGACCGAACUUUGGAAUCUUCGUGUUAGACCUCCAUAUACACUUACCUACCCAUACGCCAGGGUCGAAGAGGAAGAUGAAUUAGAUGAUAAUCUGACUUAUCCAUAUCUGUGGCGUUUCAAUCAUUAUGAUAGAAGAUAUUCAUCAAUCGCAUCACACCAUCGGAAACUCACUCUUCUCUCAUAUGUCAAACGACUCACUAUCGGUUCUAUCCCUUCUCGAAUCGUUUCGCAGGAUUUCAAAUCUUGGUGUCUGUUAUCUUCCUCAUCACCAAUAGAACAGAGAUUAUUACCUAAUAUCGAAACGAUCAUCAUCACAAAUCAAGCGAUUUGGGAAUUAGCAGAAUGGACGGAUAAGUACCAAACCAAUCAAUUUGAUAAACAUCCUUUCAUAGAUGGAUUGAUCAACGUCUCUUCGCCAGAUAAAAUCUGUAUGACUUACCCGAGAUUACAUCAAGAUCAAUAUCCGAAAUUUCUCAAUGACAGGAUAGGUCAUUUGAAAAAUAUCUUGACGUCGGACGAAUGGUCAGAUAAAGAAGAAGAUCUCAAGAGGCUCUUUUGUCGAAUGGCAUAUUUUAUCGAUCAAGCUGUUUUAUCUUUCCUUCAAGUCCAUAAUGCCUCUCUUAGUGGAUGGUCACCUACCGAAAUCACGCUACAUGGUAGACGUGCGGGUCAUCUCGCCUUCAAUCAUUAUCAUUCCCUCAAAACUAAAAGUACGAGGAUAUUCCUAGAUGACUGUAAGAUCGAUCAUCAUCGUUCUCCUGAACCUUUGACGUUAUGUCCUCAACAUACCAUAGAAGAAGAUCGUAAAGUACAUUUGGGAUCGGUCAUCUCGGAUGAUUGUAGGAUCGCAAAGUACAAAUCGCUGGAUGCGGCUUCACAUAAUGAUCAAGAUCAAUGGGAGUUGAUCUUACCUAGACGAUUCGUAGAAGAAGAUGAAUCUGAAAGAUUGAUGAAUUGGGAAAGAUGGAUAGAUGAGAUACUCUCGAAGAAUCCGACUUUCAAUAAGGAUAGGUUGAAGAUUACCACAUGGUCAGGAGCCGAGAGCUGUACUUGCUGCUCAACGAAGGAUGGGCUUUAG